UUGAGUCUUUGAGCAAUUUCUAUUCAGCUCUCUAUUCUCUCCUCUCUCCUUUCUCUACUCUGUAACAAUGAGACUAGGGUUACAGAGAACAUUUCGACACCGGUGACGUCUUGUUUCGCUUUUGAUUCACCAGAAAAUCGAACACAUACUCAUAUAUACAUACAUAGCUUUUCUGUUGAUUUCUGCAAACUCAAACCAUUUUUGGCUGAGCCGGAGAAAUGUCGAAGCCUCAGGUCACCAUCACCCUGGGGCGUACUGGUCAGAGGGUUGUAAAGAGGCCACAAAUGGAAUAUGAUGGUGGACGUACUGAUUCUCACCCAUUAUCGGGAAGCAAACGAUCAGUGAGGGAGAGAUUUGGAAGUAAUGCUAAUAACUCUUUUUCGCCCAUGAACAAGCGGCUGCGAAAUGAUGUAAACGCAUGGAAUUCAGUUUAUAAUGGAGUGGGUGGCAAAGCAAGAAUUGGUCAAAGUGACCUCCGGUUGAAACUGAUGCGCAAGAAACUAUCUAGGCAAUUAAGGAAUGAGGUUGACGAGCGCAAGAAGGUGGAAUCACGUGAAAGGAUCUCAAGAACUAUUAGGUCUCAAGAGCGCAGCCAUUUGAGGCGGAUUUCCCCAACAAGAAGUGCAAGUGAAUUGCAGCCAGUGGACUCUUUCAGAAAAUAUUAUUCUUAUAAUGCAGAUGGAUUAAGAUCUAGAUCCCCCUAUAGAGAUCUCAAAGUCUCCAGGGGUAUCUCACCACCGAGAAAUAUUGAUGAACUGCGGCAAGUGCCAUUAACAAGGCCAUAUGAUGCUUCAAGAACUGCACCACGGAUUAUGGGCAAUGAUGCUUUCUAUUCUUCUAGGCCAACAGGUACUGUACCUACUACCGCGAGAACUGAUGCUGGCAAGCCAGCUGCUGGACUUCCACCAGUGAGUGGUAGAAUGCCAAAAAUUUCAUACAUGGGCGAACAACCUCUCACUGUUGCUAGCUUAUUGCAUUCACUUGGGUUAGGGAAAUACGCCGUUCUUUUCCAGGCUGAGGAAGUGGACAUGGCUGCAUUGAGGCAAAUGGGGGACAAGGACCUUAAAGAGUUGGGAAUACCAAUGGGACCGCGGAAAAAGAUUCUCCUUGCAAUCAUUCCCCGUUCUAAAUUCCAACAACGUUAACUGCCAUUAUGCAGGACUGCAAUACAUAAUGUUUACUGGCACCAGUACAUUUGAGAACCCUAAUCAAGAUCAUAAUUGUAUCAAAUGACAUGCCUUCUCUCUUUUAGAAGGCUGGGUCUGUAAGUAUUUUAUUGCAGCAGUUAAGAAUAUGGUUCUCGUGGAUGUGCUACUAUUAUAAGUAUAGUGUAGUUCAUUGGCUGGUUGAAUCGUCACGAUGAACAGGAUAUAGAAAAGUGAAGCAGUGAAUGUAUUAUGCUGUAUAAAGAUCCUUCUGUUGAUAUGAGAUUGUAUAUGAUGAGAUGGUGAAUGUAGUGUUUUCAACAUACAUAAUAUCAUUGAUUGUGUAGAACAGACAUUUAGGUAAAAAAAAUUCUUCAGAUAUA